AUGUCAACUAAUCUGCCAGAGAUCUCUGGCUCCAGAUCUCCAGACGGACGAAGCCUGAAGAAGAGUUCUGUGAACUCCAAGUUCCUGCCCACUUCACAGGCCCGCUUCGGUUACCUUGGUCAUUUGUGCCUUCAGAACUCCAAGGACGACCCAACAGAAGCUUUGCGCAACAUUACUGCGCUGGAUGCCCCGAGCUUUCUACCCAAUGUCAUGACGCUGCAGCGUGCGUCGACGCCGUGGCAGUACAACACUCCAUGUCGGACCUUGGAGGCAGCUUGUGCAGAUGACUCGGCACAAGGCGAAGAAACCAGGUCCCUAUCGCCUUCGCGAGGUGGAGGCAGCCAAAUGCUGAACUCCGCCAGCAAGAAGGCAAUCUCAACGCAAGCCCCAAUGCCUGCGAACUACGUUCGGAGGAUUCGUCGAAAAGCACAAAUGUCCAGAAGUGCCAACGACCACAGGCAGCAGAUAGCCGACUUAAAGAUGUUGGCUGAUUCUGCCAGCCGAUCUGGAAAUGUCUACCAGGCUUUACAGGCCUAUCACAAGAUGGGUGUUGUCUUUGACAACCAGGCCAUGUAUCCGGAGGCCGUCCAGAAGUACAAGCAGUUCUUGGCUUUGUGUAUAACCUCCAAGAACACGCAGGGUGAGGCACUGGCAUACAACUGUUUGGGCAUUGACUGCUUCAAAAUGGGGCAGUAUGACGAAGCGAUCCAGUACCACAACAAGCACUUGGAGCUAGCAGAUGGCACAGGCCGGCUCAUCGCGCAUACAAACCUCGGCAUUGUUUUCCAGGCCAUGGGGCUGUCUGAGCAUGCUGCCAUCCAUCAUCAGCAUGCGAUCGAGUAUGCCAACCGCAUGGGCUCCAAGGAUGCACAGUGCUUCACCGUGGGCAACCUGGGCAUCGCAUCUGCAGCUCAAGGCGACUUGCAGACCAGCCGGAUCUGCCUGCAGUACCAUUUGAGCUCAGCGCAGCGACAGAAAGCAACCGCCGUGGACAACAAGUUUGCACAGCAUACCCUCAAAGAGGUGAGCAAGAGUGCAUAUCAUCGGCUAGGGCAGGUGAAUGCAACUGACGGUCGUUUCGAUGAAGCCGCAGACCACUUCGCAAAGGCGAUGGAGGUUGCCAAGACCGGAGCAGACCAGAAGGAUGAAGAGGUUUCCGUGGCCAUGCUCGGAAUUGCCCGAGGCAUGCUGAACUUCGAUGAGCACUGCGCAGCCUUGGUGAAAAAAGCGGCCGAGGCUUCUCUAGAUGGUGAGGAAGACGGCUUGCGAUCCUGA